UGCAUUUCGCCUCCUGGGCGCCGCCAUUUUAGGUUACGGCAGAGCGUCCGCCUUCCCAAGCCCAACCUCAUUGGGCGCCGCCAUUUUGGCUUACGAACAAGACGGCGACCCGCAGGGGUCCUCACCCCCUCCCUUCCUCCCUUUAGGUGCCUUCAUAAAAUGCCCGUCGAGAAUCCCCUCUUUUUUCGCCCCGCUCCCAAGAUGGCGUCGAUGCGGGAGAGCGACACCGGCCUGUGGCUGCACAACAAACUGGGCUCCACGGACGAGCUGUGGGCGCCGCCGAGCAUCGCCUCGCUGCUCACGGCCUCGGUCAUCGACAACAUCCGCCUCUGUUUCCACGGCCUUUCCUCGGCCGUAAAGCUCAAGCUGCUCCUGGGGAUGCUGCACCUGCCCCGCCGGGCGGUGGAUGAGAUGAAAGGGGCACUGACUGAAAUUAUCCAGCUGGCUACCUUGGAUUCAGACCCCUGGGUCUUAAUGGUAGCUGAUAUUUUAAAAUCCUUUCCAGAUACUGGCUCCCUUAACCUUGAUCUUGAAGAACAGAAUCCCAAUGUUCAAGAUAUUUUAGGAGAGCUUAGAGAGAAAGUAAGUGAAUGUGAAACUUCAGCUAUGUUGCCGUUGGAAUGCCAAUACUUAAACAAAAAUGCCUUGACAACAUUAGCUGGGCCACUUACUCCCCCAGUGAAACAUUUCCAGCUGAAAAGGAAACCUAAAAGUGCCACUCUCAGAGCUGAACUCUUGCAGAAGUCAACAGAAACUGCACAACAGCUCAAGAAGACUGCAGGAGUGCCUUUCCAUGCCAAAGGCAGGGGACUGGUCAAGAAGAUAGAUACAACAACACCACUCAAAGGAAUACCAAAGCAGGCUCCAUUCAGGAGUACUUCAGCACCCAGUGUUUUUAGUCCUUCUGGAAAUAGAACUCCUAUUCCUCCUUCAAGAACACCUUUGCGCAAAGAAAGAGGGGUAAAGCUUCUAGAUAUCUCUGAGCUGGAUAUGGUAGGUGCUGGCCGUGAAGCAAAGAGAAGAAGAAAGACAUUAGAUACGGAGGUUGUGGAAAAGCAAGCCAAAGAAGAAACAGUAGUAGAAAAUGCUACCCCAGAUUAUGCUGCUGGCCUUGUAUCUACACAGAAACUUGGCUCAUUGAACAAUGAGCCUGCACUACCCUCUACGAGUUACUUACCUGCUACCCCCAGUGUGGUGCCGUCUUCCUCCUAUAUCCCAAGCUCUGAAACACAGCCAGCUGGCUCUGCACGAGAGGCCUUGCAGACCAACAGACAGACUGAAGAGCCUGCAGCUCCAAAUGCUACUACAAGUCUCCCUGCACAGUUCAAACAAAGAACACCCAUGUACAACAGUAACUCUAAUCCCCCUGCAGCUACACCUACCUCACCCCUAACACCCACCACACCUCCUGCCAUCUCCCCUGCGGCACAGGCACCACAAGUGGCCCCCCAAACUCAGCAACAGCCACCACCGAAGAAAAGCCUCUCUCUCACAAGGGAGCAAAUGUAUGCUGCACAGGAAAUGUUCAAGACUGCAAACAAAGUUACAAGGCCAGAAAAGGCUCUUAUACUUGGAUUCAUGGCAGGAUCCAGAGAGAAUCCUUGCCAAGAGCAAGGUGACAUCAUCCAAAUUAAACUUAGUGAACAUACAGAAGAUUUACCAAAGGCAGAUGGCACGGGCAGCACCACUAUGUUGGUUGACACAGUCUUUGAAAUGAACUAUGCUACUGGUGAAUGGACCAGAUUCAAGAAGUACAAACCUAUAACUAAUGUUUCCUAAGAGAAGCAGCAGACUGGACCAAAUCAAGCUUAGAGUCAACCAGCUGAUAGAGUAUGUCAACUGUACAAAAUGGCAUUCAUGUGUACGUUUCUUAUUAACCUCCAGAGUAGAAGCUGUGCUCUUCAACCAAACUGAUCUCAGUGAACACAGAAGAUGAUGGUGUCAAACUCACUUUAUUUUAUUUUUUUCAUUAA